UUUAGUGGUGUGAUCUAUGUUGGGGCUUCAGUCAAACAUUUCCCAGUCUCCCGGCAAGAUGUCGCUCUCUGUAGCUGUUGUGGCAGCCAGCAUUUGGCUGAUUGUGUGCACCUUCUCCUUGGUUCAGGCUAAUGUGCGGUUCCACUUUACGCUGGACUUCCAUGUGAAGCAGCCGCCCAAUGGCGGGGACGAGACCAUCAACAAGACCAUCCUUGUGGAGAACAACCAAAUAUCCGUGAUAGACAACGAGCCAACGACAGUGUCCCCAAUCGGCCAGUGGACAGAUCAGGAGCAAUACAAUGAUGCGACGCUGCAGAAGGUUGUGGAGGCCAGGCGGUCGGUGCAGCAGCUAAACGCAGAGCUGGCUCCCCUGGUGGGUCGCAGCAACGAUCUCGCCAUCCGUCUGAAGCAGAGCCUGCGCUACGUCAACGAAGUGGAUGCCACGCUUGAGAAUCUCUCCAACUUUGGACAGCUCGUGGAGCUGCUGCGGAAGUUUGUCAGCCUAGUGGAUACUCUAAGGGAGCCCACCAACUAUGGGGGCGUUCGUUCCCUUGAAUAUGUACUCCUCAAGCUGGCCCUGGAGAAGUACGAGCUGAAUGGCAAGCGGCAGGAGAUCAACGAGUAUUUACAACGGGCGGAGACCGCCUGGACGAGCUAUAAGAACACGCAGGUGGUGCUAUUGGAGAACUCGAACUCAACCUGAGAUUUCAUUUGUAUUUAGGCUUACACACAAACAAACACACAUACACAUAU